AUGUCUGCACCACUGGUGCCAUCACGUUCGUACACUUUGAACGGGCAUACUCACACCCGUUCCCAUGGCCUGCUCGGCCUGCUCGAUCUUGUCAGACGCAACACCACUCGCAUCACUACUCUGACCUCGAUCAGUAUUGGUGUUAUUGCUAUGAUCGAGGACCCUACCUGCAUCCCAAGAUUGGAUGAACUAGGCAUUGGCAUAGUCGCGACUGUGUGCGCUGGAGUUGUCAUCUAUGGUGUUGUGGGGCUGAAUCGCAGAGGCGAAAGAAUAGGCUGGGAUGGAGAGGGCUUUGAGGAUGCUUGGGGUUGGGUAUGGCGCUGGACAUUAGACAAGUUGCCAGGUGCAGGCAAAGACACUGAGGGAGACAAAGGAGAGGCAGAUACAACGAUGAUGUUCGACAAAGACGGCAACUCAGUCUUCGUGCUCGACCAGCCCGAACGAUCAAAUCUUGCGACACCGAUACCGAAGCGUGAUUCUGCCCGCGAAAAUGCAGCGACGCCGAGUCUCACGCCCACGAUCGGCUUGUCGCAUAAGGCACUCGAUCGCCCUGCUCUGCCCGAAUUCAAGGUCCCUUCUAUACCGGGUCCACGACCAAUGCCUUCCACGCCGUCAUCGUGUAGACAAGACCGCGGUUUGACUUCCAGCUUCUCACAGUCCCCAACACUGAGCUAUUCGAUGGUUCAGCACCAACUAGACCGCACCACACAAAGUCCCGUGAGCUACAACACUCUUCCUGAGAUCAACCACGCGUCUGGUCUUCUGGGUCCAUCGCCAAUGCCCUCGCGUUACGCCAUUCCGGAGUGGAAACACUUCACUGGCCAGGGGUUCCACAAACACCACCAGAGGCAGGGUGCUGUAGCCAGGUGGUUGAUUUCAGGAAGUAGCAGGAGCUUGGAGGAGACUACGCGCGAGAUUGAGCGGAUAGAUGAGCAGGAUGGAGGCAAGGAAGAUCUUUCAACAGGGAAGACAGACACGAGGACUGAUAGCAAGAAAGUUGGAGAGUGGGCGGGUGGCUUUGAUUGAGCCGGUGGCGCGAAAUUCUGGCUUGAAUGUUCAGGCGAUGUAGGAGGCCUGAUGCCU